AUGUCGUCUCGGGGUGGUAGUUCGCGGUGGUUCCGCAUGUCCCCUUGUCAGGUCGCGGACGGUUGUCCGUGUGAUUUGAUGCAGGAAAUGUCCAUAAACGAACAUAUUGACUUAGCUUACCUUAACCCCCAUCUUAUUUGUAACAUAUGCCAUGGUUACUUGAUUGACGCGGUCUCAAUAACUGAAUGUCUUCAUCCAUUUUGUAAGUCUUGUAUUGUAAAGUAUUUGUCUACCAACAAUACGUGUCCAGUGUGUGAUAUAACUAUUCACCAAAGUCAUCCGCUUAACUAUAUCAGCGCUGAUCGAACCUUGCAAGACAUUGUUUACAAAAUUGUGCCAAAUCUUAAAGAAGCUGAAAGAAAAAGUCGGUCAGACUUCUAUCGAUUUAUCGGUCAAUCUCCUCCUCCUUCUGAAGACCUUAUUUAUGAGCACAAAACUCUUAGUGUCAAUCAUGUGACGGACGGGUCAGCCAAAUCUAUCCCAAACAGCGAGUCUCCAGCGGAUCCUAAUUUCCAUCGUAACGAUGAGCAGGUUCAUGUAAGACUAGAACCAGGCUCCGCAACCCUCAAACCACUGAGCUUAAAAUAUCUUCGUAUUUCUUCAAAAGCCACCGUUACACAUCUUAGAAAGUACAUCGCGCAGCAAGUUCUUAAUGAUAUGUCCAAGUUUAAUGAGAUCGAUAUCUUCAUAAGUAAUUGUGAAAAAGGAACCUUUUUAGGUCGAGAUCAUGUCCUCAAGUUCGUGCAAGUUGUAUAUUGGAAUGAUAAAGAUAUGGAUGAAUCCGUGAAUCCGUUUGCAGAUUCAGAUGCAGUUGCCUCGAUCCCUUCGAAGAAAACUUCUCGCUUCACAACCUUUAGUGUUCCGGAUUCUAACGACGGAUCCACAGUAUCAACUAGUUUUGCUCAAAAUCCACCGACAAAAAUUAUUCGAACCUCGGGGUUUAAUGAUUUCUACACAUCUCAAGCGAAAUCAACUGUCCGGAAAUCUGAACAGCAUCCUGCGCUGCACAAACCUGAGGGGCAGCAGUAUGACGACUUUGAGACGAUUGAUUGGGUGAAGGAUAUUGCUUGCGAUCGCGAUCGCCAUAGGCGGAUUCAUUCGGACAGAAAUACAUUUCUUGGAUGCCUUCGGAUAUACUGGAAUUCGGCCUCAGGCUGGGUCUGCGUGAGUCUUGUAGGGAUAGCCGCAGGUUUGAUCGCUGCUUUGAUAGACAUCGGUACGCCCUGGCUCACUGACCUCAAAGAGGGUAUUUGUCUCGACGCUCUUUGGUUCAAUCGCGCUCAAUGUUGCUGGUCUUCUGCUGUUCCUGGAGAAGAUUGCCCUGAGUGGUAUUCAUGGUCGCGAUUGGUGAUGGACAAAGAUCCAACAGGUGACCACCCAGACGCCUAUUUCGUAGCCUACGUCAUGUUUGUUCUGUGGGCCCUCGCCUUCUCCGCGUUGUGUGUCGCUUUUGUUCGGAUGUUUGCCCCCUACGCGUGCGGCUCUGGGAUUCCGGAGAUCAAGACGAUCCUCAGUGGCUUCAUCAUUCGAGGCUACCUGGGCAAGUGGACGCUUCUGGUGAAAUCGAUGGGCAUGGUUCUCGGUGUUUCUGCUGGCCUCAGUCUGGGCAAAGAAGGUCCCAUGGUCCACAUGGCCUCCUGCUGUGGCAAUAUCCUCUCCUACCUCUUCCCUAAGUACUCUAAAAACGAGGCCAAGAAGAGAGAGAUUCUGUCGGCUGCCGCAGCGGCUGGCGUCGCAGUGGCCUUUGGCGCGCCCAUCGGAGGGGUUCUCUUCUCUCUCGAGGAGGCUUCCUACUACUUUCCGAUGAAGACCAUGUUCCGCUCCUUCUUUUGUGCCAUGGUCUCCGCUAACCUCGUGCGCAUGAUUAAUCCCUACGGCGACGAGCAUCUGGUUAUGUUUCAAAUCGACUACAAGGCACAAUGGCACAUUGCCGAACUCAUUCCUUUCGCUAUGCUAGGCAUAAUGGGGGGAAUUUUUGGAACGCUCUUUAACCGGUCGAACCUCUUCAUAUGCCGUCUGCGUAAGACCACCUGGUUGGGCAAGUAUCCGGUACGCGAGGUGUUGUCGAUCACUCUGGUCACAGCAGUCCUCUCCUACCCACUGCCCUACAUGCGUAUGAAUAUGGGCGAUCUCAUCCGCCUCAUGGUGAGCAAGUGCGGACCUGGCGACCUUGGCGCCCUCUGCGAUUACAAGGUGAAUCUGAGCGAUACACAAGCCACCAUGAUGGGUAGCUAUGCGGCAGGACCUGGCGUCUCCCGCGCCAUGUGGAUGCUUGCUGUUACGCUCGUUCUGAAGUCGAUCAUUACUGUCUUCACAUUUGGCAUCAAAGUUCCUACUGGUUUGUUUAUACCUUCACUUGCGGUGGGCGCCAUGAUGGGCCGCAUGUUGGGCGUUGGGAUUGAGCAGUUGGUGGUGUAUCACGCGGAUCACCCCCUGGUGCAGCGGAUGUGCAAAUCAGCCCAACCCUGCAUCAACCCCGGUCUCUACGCCCUCGUGGGCGCCGCCUCCACCUUGGGCGGCGUGACGCGUAUGACCAUCUCCCUAGUCGUUGUCAUGCUCGAGCUCACUGGAGGUUUGACCUAUAUUUUGCCGUUGAUGGUUGCUGCGAUGGUGAGCAAGUGGACAGGAGACCGUCUGACCAACGGAAGUAUCUACGAGGAGCACAUUCGCCUCAAUAAGUACCCUUACUUGAGCAGUCGGGAGGAGCUCACCCAUACCUCCAUCGCCGCUGACGUCAUGCAACCCAAAUCACAAACUUCUCCUCUGCUGGUGGUGACGCAAAACUCUAUGACUGUUGGAGACAUAGAGUAUCUCCUUUCCUCUUCAACUUUCAAAGGCUUCCCCGUUGUGGUGUCGGAGGAGUCCCAGUAUUUGGUUGGCUGGAUCACGAGACGAGACCUCACGCGUGCACUCGAGCAAGAGAAACUUUACAAUCCAGAUGUUGCUACGGAAUCAAUGGUCUAUUUCACGGAUAGCAACAGUGCUGGUGACUUCGGCCUACCUGCAAAUGUCGCAAACCUUUCGGCGAUUGUCGAUCUUGUGAGCUCAGCUUUCGUCAUUUCCUAUUUAAACCCACUAGCGCUUUACAAUGCUGGACAAUUUAAAUCUAACAAAUGGAAUGCCAAACAGUUUGUUUUUCGUUUCUUUUGUUCUGUGAAUUUAAUUUGCUCUCCAAUCACUGUCACUGACCAAACGCCAAUGGAAACUGUUCUCGAUUUCUUCCGAAAAUUAGGACUCCGACAGGUUCUGGUAACCAAGAAUGGAAGGACGUUCUUCGGCAAAUGCAUCAUUCCUAGCAAAAACAUGGUGCGUCACUCGGAGUGCCGAAUUCUUGACGUUUCCCCUUCCACUACUGCCUCCCCCUCAUGUUCCACGUCAUACCUACAAUCAGUAAUUAACAUACCACCCCUUGUGAAGGGUUUUACACCCAGGACGUGGUAUGGAUGGACCAUGGCUUCAUUCAGCCUUUCUGUGCUUCUCUUCACCCCAGUCUAUGGUUAUGCUGCCCACAGUGGAAUUCAAACCAAGUAUUUGUUAAUUUUUGCUAACAUGAUUGAACUUCUGGGGAACCUAGCAUAUCUUGUAGCGCAACAGCCGUGGGUGGUGCUGGCCGGUCGAUUCAUCUCGGGAAUCGGCGGUAGUUGUGACACCCCCAUGUAUGCCGACAUGGCGAGGACCACCACAAUGGAGGAGCGGACACCUUACAUGGCUGUCACCUAUGUUGCCAAACAAAUUGGCAUUGUCUUCGGUCCUGUUUGCACACUUCUGAUGCACAAACUGCAUUGGACCGUGGGUCGAUUCAAACUGAGUGUCUACAAUGGACCAGUUGAAAAGCCUCCCAGAGAUGGCAGUUACAUGAAGUCUACCAAUGAAAGCUCGGAAAAGGAUAAGCUACUUCAGCCGACAUUGAAAAAGCGGAGUUGCUGCGAAUGUGACUGCAAAGAAUGGAAACCCUACACAACUUACACGGUACUUUCUAUGUAUCUUAUGGUAUUUGCCACGUACUUUUGCGUAAUGAGCUUAGAAACGGUUCUACCACCCGUGGUAGCCGUUUAUUUUAAUUGGGAUGAGGUGAGGGUGAGCUACGUGUACCUCGGUGCCAGUGGGAUGCUGAUCAUCAUGUGCAUAAUCCUGCACGGUCUCUCGAAGUGCGUUGAAGAUCGUAAACUAGCCUUGAUGGGGUUCGUUUGUCUGGUGUGCGCCUACAUUUGGCUCACAUUUACGACGGCCUUCAUUAACGGACUGACAGUGGAGUUGGGCGCUCCUCUCCUUAUUGUUGGGGUGGCGACCCAUGUUAUCGGGAUGCCGCUAGCGCUGGCUGUCACGGAGUCCCUCUACACGAAGAUGGUUCCUGCCAAUGACCUCGAUUGCGCCCUUUCCUACCUGCGCUGUGUCAGCAACUUCGCCUUUCUUCUUGGUCCUCUUGAAGGCGGCAUCUUCGUGGAAUACGCCUACAUUGUCUUUCUCGGAAAUUUCCUCAUCUGCGCUCUCGGACUGGGUCUCCUGGCGGGAGGGUAUCGCCUGUUUCAGCCACAGCUGGGACAUACAAAAUUGGACCGUGAGACCUACGAGUCUGUUAAAUGA